AUGGAGCUAGUUUUCUGCUCGAGGGGACGCAUCGACCUGUUGACCGGCGACUACAUCGGCUGCAAAGCAUUCUACGCCAGCAACAGGACCGAGUACGCCGUGACCAAACUCCCCGGAUACUGCGACAGCUACGAAUGCUGGCUCGAGUCGCGCGUCAGGUACGGCUGGAGGUGCCACAAGUGCUCGCGGACGAACCCCAAGAAGGAGGGCAGGUUCUGCAGAGGUUCCGACUGCGGCCACCAGGUCUGUUCGAAAUGCCCCUCCAGCUUUUUGCUGUGCUGCUGGUGUGGCACGUCGGUAAGACGUGGCCAAAACUGCAGCCACUGCCUGCGUCGGUCUUGCGACAAUUUCGAAUAUGUUUUGCGGUGA